CAAAUAUCGAAUUUUUAUCGCUGAUGGUACUUUUUGGACUGUUUGAACUCUUUUCGUAUAAGUUUGAUUUAGAAAAUACCCUUGUGUGAAAAAAAUAUGCCCUCCUUGAAGAAAUUGUAGCAAUAAACGCCCGGUUUGUUUUGUUUCUACCGGGGGAUACUGUUAGACGGACCGGCUCGAUUUAUGGAGUUACGAGUAACAUUUCGGUUGUGAGAGUUUCUCUACGAGGCUUUUUGAACAAAAUGGGAAACUUCAGAGUAUGUGUAAGAACAACAGUCGUCUUCCUGAUAUUUGAGUUGUGCUUCGUGUGUUGUGAUAUAACGGACGGAAACGCAGAGCAUCUGAAGAGGGAGCACUCGUUAAUGAAACCUUACCAGGGAGUUGGCAGUGGACAUAGCAGUCAGUGGGAUUUCUGGGGCAGCACAUUGGUGACCAGCUCAUAUGUCAGACUCACCCCAGAUGAGAGAAGCAAGAUGGGAUCCAUCUGGAACACAGUGCCGUGUUACCUGAAGGACUGGGAGAUGCAUGUCCAGUUUAAAAUUCACGGGUCAGGAAAGAAGAACCUCCAUGGUGACGGCAUCGCUCUGUGGUACACAAAGGACAGACUGCAUCCAGGGCCCGUGUUUUCCAACAAUGCUCUCUUCCACGGGCUGGCCGUUUUUAUAGAUACUUAUUCUAACGACGAUGCCACAGAUCGUUCCUUCCCGUACAUAUCAGCCAUGGUGAACAACGGUUCAGUGAGUUAUGACCACGGCAAAGAUGGCCGAUCGUCAGAGCUCGGAGGCUGCUCUGCUGAGAUAAGGAACAGAGAUCACGACACGUACCUCGCCAUCCGCUACUCUAAAGGAAGGCUCACGGUGAUGGUUGAUGUGGACGACAAGAAUGAGUGGAAAGAGUGCAUUGACAUUGGCGGUGUUCGCCUUCCUACUGGAUAUUUCUUUGGAGCCUCAGCAGCUACAGGAGAUCUGUCUGAUAACCAUGAUAUCAUCUCUAUGAAGCUCUACCAGCUGAUGGUUGAACACACCCCAGAGGAGGAGAAUCAGGACUGGACAAAGAUCGAACCCAGUGUCAGCCUUCUCAAGUCCCCAAAAGACAACAUUGACGACCCUACUGGAAACUUUAGAGGCACGCCCCUCACUGGCUGGAAGGUCUUCCUGCUCCUGCUGUGUGCUCUGCUGGGAAUCGUGGUGUGUGCUGUGGUGGGGGCUGUAGUUUUCCAGAAGAGACAGGAGAGGAACAAGAGGUUUUACUGAGAGCGAAGAACCCCAGAAGAACCGUGUUUGAGAGAUGUUUGAUGAGGAACAAACUGCUUCCAGAUGACAGAUUGAGCACAUUCAAUGUGAAUUUUUCUAAAGAUUGUACAAAUGUUUAUAUCUUUAAAGCACUGAUGAUGGUAACUGAGAUGUUGGUGAAAUGAUGGGGGACUAGAGGUUACCAUGAGUGACCCUGAUCGAUGCUGUUAUUGUCUUCAUGUCUCUCUGUGUUCAUUAACGGUCGGGUUAGAAGAGCCCAACUGGUGUUUGUGCUUUGCUCUUCUGCAGAUGUGAUGCUAAAAAUGCUGUUCUUCAGCAACCAAUGGUCUUCUAGAUUUUUUUAUUUUUUUGUCUUCCAGACUUUUUUUUUAAGAUUAUUUAUUGGAUGAAGACAUAGCACAAUCAAAAACGUUACAAAGAAAGUAAUUCAAAAUAAAGCGGUAUUGGCAGACAAAAGAAAACCCAAAGCUGCUUUCACACACAGUCGGUAUGUUUACAUGCAGUCACAAGAAGUGGAUUUCUGAAGUUAGUUGGGCUAAAACUGGACUUUUGAAUGCAUCUUAAUGUGUUAGUUAAGUUAAUAUCGUAGCGAGUUCCUUAAAGUUAGACUAACACACACUGUUGAAGAUCAAUUUAUGCUUACCUGUAUCCACCUCAGUCAGACCCCAACUGUUCAGGGCGUUCUACUCAUGCUCCACAGCAUUCGCAUGGAGAUUUGACGUAGAAACAGAGCAGUGUAAAUGUGUAGCAGAAGUCUUCUUAAGGUGUAGUGUGCAUCAUUUUUGUACUAAUGUAUUAACUGUGGUUGGUGGUAAGCUGAUACCAGUGUUGUCCAGGUAUUAUUAAUGCCAUGAAAUUGAUUUUUGCAACACCAUUGUCACCAGUUUAGACACAGCCAUUGUGUUGUGCAUGUGCAAGGCAUAACCAAUGCCACAGACAGCUCAAAAUACCAGUCGAGGUGGUGAAUCAAAGUAGCAUAACAGUGUCAAAUGAGUCUGACAACAGCUCAGUUUGAGUUCAGUGGUUUGCAUGUUUGUCUCUGACUCUUCAGCUACAUUCAAACUGCAGUUAAAAGUGACCUGAGUCUGAUUUUUUUGUUCACAAGUGACUUGUAUCUGAGUGAUUCUUUCUGACAGCAUGAACAGCGCAAGUUGCAUUGAAUCUGACCUUUUCGAGUCAGAUUCAGGCCACUUUCACAUGUGGUUCUAAAUCAGAUCUGAUCUUUUGGAAGUUGACUGCAGUGUGAACAUGUAAACAUAACAUCUAAACUAACAAGGUCAGAGAAAAGAUCAGAAUUGUGCAUUAAGGCCUGCAGUGUGAAUGUAGCCUUAAAGAAGGCAAACUAAAUGUCCCCUGCUUUUGCUCUCUCUGCUCCAAGUUUGAUGUCGGUAAUAACAGCAACAUAAUGCAAAUGUGUUACUAUGCUGAGCUUCUCUGUCUAUUGCAUCGACUCCAUUCGUCUACAGCCCAGCACUGCUGCAGUUUGUGUUGUAACAGCUUAAAUAACUGUUGAAGGGUAUGCUUUAAUUGAUGAAUUGCUUUUUUUUAAGUCUAUGAUAGUUAAAAGUAGCAGGCUGUGGCGUUAAAUAAGGUCAGAGAAGCUGCUGUAAACACAGUAGCACUCGCCGAUAUAUCUGCUAAAGCAAUGUCAGAUAGAGAUAAACACGCCAUUUCUGAUAGGUUCUUCAAAAUAAAAGUCUGUAACUGUUAUAUUGUUUGAGCACUUUCAUGGUGAAUACCUGCAUCAGGAAAUGUUUUUACAGUAGCAGUAACACACUUCAGCAGGAGAGAAAUGAAACUUAAAAGCACAGGUGAAGUGUUUCUGUGAUCAUAUGCUCAGAUGCGAGUUUGGUAUGCCCUCACAGGCUAGUUUUAGGGGGAGAAUACCAGGAUGUAAUCCAGUUACUGCAAAGACCAAAACAUUACUGUGAUAUAAAUUUUAGGCUGUAUGCCCAGCUCAACAUGUGAGCAAUGUCUACCUGAAGAAGUGUUUGUAUAGUGAGACAGCAGUCCAAUUAAAUAGCCUGAUUAAGCUUCAGUCGUAGUUCAGCAUAACUGCAUGUAAACAUACUGAGCCACUCCUGAAAACUGACUUCAAGUAGCUAUUAUACUAGGGGAAAUUGGAGAAAUAUUCAGGAGUGUGUGGAUGUGUGAAAACUCAAAUUAGACUGGAGAACCCAUAAAAAGAAUACUUAAAUUUGUGUUGGUUGAUCUCUUUUUGUUUUUUUUGUUUUUUUGUUUUGCUUCCAUUCUUGCUCUCAGAAACUUUAAAGAAGACAUCUUUUAUUUUUCUUUGUUACUGUGCCCAUUUACAAUUAAAAUACAACUGGAUUUCAGGCGUGGUAGAAUAAAUGAAGAUUUCUGUCACUGAAAUUUUGUGGACAUCAGGCUCUCCACGUAAACAUUCAAAAAGGAACAGAAUCGAGUGCCUAGAAGGAUAAAUUACUAAAAAUGUUAUCAGCUGUCAUCCCUCUAACAAGACUGGAAAUGUUGCUGUUUUUCUUGAACUCUUCAUGCCUGAAUCCUAACGGCUGAAUUUGUUGCUUGUUUUCCUUGCUGGGUUUUUGAGCAGGAGUGAGAGGGGGGUGUUUAUCCAGAAUAUGCCUUAGUUAUUAACUCUUUGUUCUAUGUUUGAUGAUGUUAAAUUUUACAAAACCUGUGUUUCAGUGACGUUAAGAUAAUGAGAAUCACUAAUAUGAGUGUGAUAAAUAAAAACACACGCUAAAUGUUCAGUUCAAAAG